GAUCAAUUAGUAGAGCUGAACUUUCGAGGCAUAUUCCCCUAUGCAAUGCAUGCAUUGCGGUGUAAUGAUACGGCAACGGCAGGUGGCGGUGGGAGCUCUACAGGCGGUGCCUUAGCCAAUAGCGGAACAAGCGGAGUAGCAGGCAUCGCAGGCGGAGGAGGAGGCGUGAGCGGUACCAAUAUGGGUGGAAGUACAUCAAUACUUCAGCUUCAACAACAGCAGCCAUCACAACCGCUGCUUCAACCUCAGCAGCAGCAGCAACAGCAACCUCCACAAUUGCCGAAAGGUGGUCCGGUGCGGAUAAACGGUAUCAAAGGGUACCAGAAUAGAACCAACCAUAUCAUCUACUGUCCGCCGUUAUUGCGCUCCAAGGACGACUGCACGGCGGUAGUCUAUUUUGGUGGAGAUGUUCAGGACAUCCCGGAGAAAAUGGAAACGAAUAGGGACAAUAAGAACUACAUCAAGUGGAACCUGGAGAAUACGGCCCUGCUUUUGAGGGAUUCAUUCCCUCGGUCGCAUAUCGUUGUGGUGCGGCCGAUGCGUAUGGAAUAUAGCACCUUCAGUUGCUUCGACAACUUCGUACGGGGCAACAAUGCUGGCAUUCCUGAUCACACUCCGAUGCACUUCUCGUUGCAGCAUUUAGAAGAAUUGCUAAACAAUUUGACUAAAAAGCUGACAAAACCUGUACUAGAACCGGAUCUUCUGCAUAAGCUAAUAGCGGCGACAAAUUCUUCAUUGUGUGGGACUGGAUUAGAAGGAAGUCAGGACAUGGACGUGGAUGUUCUUCAGUCGGAUGUUCAAAACAAUACAACUUCGCCAGCUUCAUCAUCGGUAACGGGCACAGGUGCCAGCAAUGCCGACAUCAACGAUCUUCUCUGGUGGCGCGAGAGUCUCAACCUGGACAAGGCAAACCUCGCCCUGAUGGGUUUCAGCAAAGGCUGUGUCGUUCUCAAUCAAUUCAUCUACGAGUUUCAUUACUAUAAGACCCUCACCCCCGACGAUAGCACAAUGAUGCGGUUGGUUUCUCGGAUAAAGGACAUGUACUGGUUGGACGGCGGUCACGGCGGGGGUAAAAACACCUGGAUCACCUCGCGAAGUCUCCUGGAGACACUGUGCCGGUUAGGAAUCAACGUCCAUGUGCACGUUACGCCAUAUCAGAUCCAGGACGAUCAUCGGCCGUGGAUUCGCAAGGAGGAGAAGUCUUUCACGGAUUUGCUCAAACGUCUCGGUGCUUCCUUCGAUCGACACCUCUAUCCUAGUGAAGCCAAUUCUACCAACUUGUUCACUCACUUUGAAGUACUCAAUCGCUUCCGGCAAUACCAGAUCAACGUGUUCGCACAACAACACCUUCAGCAACAGCAACAACUGACCGCCACGAACUUGUCCACCACAUUGGAGGAAAACGUUCAACUCCAACAGCAGCAACAGAUACAACCGGAGUUGCAUCCGGCGGAAGUGGAGGAGCAAACGGGCGCCAGUGGCGUCGAGCAAAUGAUUACCGGCAAUGAUACGGACGUAGAGGAUGAAAAAAUGGCUACCUCCGCCGCCGACGACGACGAAGAAGAAGAAAGUGGCACCAAGUGAUCGAAUGACUAAACCAGAAACUCAGCCAGCGAAUUUACCGUAUUUGCGACAAGUUCGCGAAUCCAGUGAUGAAUGCUUUAUAAAGUCAUGCUUAUAAAUCGUUUCAUUUCGUUUUCGGCGAAACGUGUGUCGCCGUAUUUGGAUUGUGUGUAUGUGUAUAGGUGGAAAUUGUACAGUUUUUAGCCUAUAUCGGUCAAACCAAUCAUGCCAUUAUUUUGCAUAAAAUUUAUUGCAUGGAAAGAUAGAUGAAAACACAGAUUCAUUAUAUUGCUUUGAUGAUAGUCUUUAUUUAAAAACGAAAAAUAUUUUUUAAUUAAAAUUGUAAUUUAGGAUGCAGGAAAAUACGAAAGUAUAUAAUAUAUUUUAUAUGAUUUUCCUUUAAUCGUGUAAUGUUUAAGUUUAGCUGGCUAGGCGAGGAAAGGCAUUUUGUAUCCGAGUUUUUUCGGAUACAGGGUUCACAGGGGAAGACCUACUACUACUACUAUUAUUUCAGACUAGGCUAAGCGAUACAAAAUCGGAAAGAAAGUAUUCAAUUUGGAUUGAUAUUUAGGAAUGACAAAAGAGCUGUAUUUUGCAACAACUACAAAAAAAACUGUAACAAAGAUUACUUUGCACUAAAUUAUAUCUGCUUCUAUUUCGGCAACAAGAAAAAAUUUACUUGAAAACAGAGAUCAUAGAUUUUAACUGUGGAAAAACAAUCAAAAACAAAACUUUUGCUGUUUUUGGAUGAAUGGUAAAAAUUGAUGUUUGCUAUGGAAAUUAUGAAUGAAAAUUUAAAGCAAAAAUGAGAAACUUUCACGUUUGAAUCAAAUAA